AUGACUUGAGUUUCUUUCCCUGUUCUCUCUAAGACAGUGAUGAUGUCUCUAAGCAAUUCUAGCUGGAGGCUACCCCAGCCUACUUUCUUCCUGGUGGGUAUUCCAGGCUUAGAAGAGAGCCAGCACUGGAUAGCACUGCUCUUGGCUGUCCUUUACUUCCUUGCACUAUCGGGCAAUGUGACCAUUCUCUUCAUCGUCUGGGUUGACUCAUCCUUACACCAACCUAUGUACCUUUUCCUGGCCAUGCUAGCUGCCAUUGAUCUUGUCCUGGCCUCUUCCACUGCACCCAAAGCCCUGGCAGUGCUCCUCAUUCAUGCUCAUGAGAUUGGCUACAUUUGCUGCCUGGUUCAGAUGUUCUUCAUCCAUGCAUUCUCUUCCAUGGAGUCCGGGGUCCUUGUGGCCAUGGCUCUGGAUCGCUAUGUGGCUAUUUGCCACCCUCUGCACCAUUCCACCAUCCUGCAUCCAGGGGUCAUUGGACGCAUUGGAACGGCAGUGCUAGUGCGGGGCUUACUGCUCCUCAUUCCCUUCCCCGUGCUGUUGCAGAACCUCAUCUUCUGUCAAGCUACCGUCAUAAGCCAUGCUUAUUGUGAACAUAUGGCUGUGGUAAAGCUUGCCUGCUCAGAAACCACCGUGAACCGAGCUUAUGGGCUAGCAGUGGCACUGCUUGUGGUUGGGCUAGACGUUCUAGCCAUUGGCGUUUCCUAUGCUCUCAUCCUCCAGGCCGUGCUGAAGGUACCAGGGGUGGAGGCCCGACUAAAGGCCUUUAGCACCUGUGGAUCUCAUGUUUGUGUCAUCCUGGUGUUCUAUGUCCCUGGAAUGUUUUCUUUCCUCACUCAUCGCUUUGGUCAUCAUGUACCCCAUCAUGUCCAUGUUCUGCUGGCCACACUCUAUCUGCUUGUGCCACCUGCUCUCAAUCCUAUUGUUUAUGGAGUGAAGACUCGCCAGAUCCGCCAGCGAGUGCUUAGAGGGUUUAAUGUAAAAUGA